AGGACCAAAACACCAGCCGCGACAGCAGCACACGGGAGCUUAACUUCUGGUGCGUUCGCUGGUCGUCACCUCACCUGUCCGCCUGCAUUAACUAAACCACGACUUAGCAAACAGCAGGUAAACUGGAAGCACGCGAUGCCUUCGUUUAGCGAUGCGGCGUUUGUUUGAAAGCGCGAGAGCAGUCGUUGCCCCCGAUGUCACCGGCACUUUAGAACUGACCGAAACUGACAGGGGGAAUGCGCUGAUGCGCCCAGCCAUGCCCCGCUCACCCCUUUCAUAUAUAAAUGCCGCAAUGUGUGCCGUUAGUUGAGUAUUUUUUAUAGAGAAUGGGAUGAAUUAAGCACGAUCGUGUUUAUAUGCAGCGUUAGUGUUGUUAUUAUAGGCGAUUAAGAGCCUCUCUCUCUCUGCAAAAUCGCAAGCUGGACAGCUCUUGUGCCCGGAGCCACUCCUGUCCCGUUAGAUCGCCAUCAAAAACAGUCGGCACAUUGUUAGUGAUGUGCUAUCUGUCAGUGCUCAUAAAGCCUUUAUAAUGCUAAGAUGUAAUCUAACCAUGGAGUCGACGCGUCUUCAUGCUACUUUAUCAGACUCCAUAUUUGGCUAUUUUAUAAACCGCUUUACUAGUUUUAUGCUUUAGUUUGGGAAUGUUAGCACCUCGAGCUAGUGGAUCAAUCUAACAUAUUCAGCAACCUAGAUGAGAUAACAAAUCAGCCGAGUAUUAUUUAACACUAUGAGCGAUCACUACGAGAGAGUGAAGAUUGAGCUCCAGCAGAUGAAGGCAGUGGAGACCGAGGCCGCGGCCGAAGAGGAGCAGCUGUCCCCGGCCUCUUCAGUCCCCGCUGACGUCUCCUUCGCGGCUCUUCCUCGGGCUCGGAGGGACCUCUCCAGAAGCAGCAUCAACGGGAGAAGUCGUAGUAAAAGUAGAGGUAAAGCUGACGGUCAUGAGAAACAGGUGAAUGGCAAACAUCUGUCGGAUGUGGCGCCGCGGAAGUCGGACUGUUCACAGGAGAAAGGUCAGAGUCGUGUGAGCAACGAGCAGAUCCUUCAAAUUAAAGGGACGGGUAGGCUUUUAAAGAGUAAAACAACGGCAAACGGUCAUGUUGAAUCGUGUCAGAGACAGACGGAUGAGAAAUGUGAGCAUCGUGGCAAAGAGGACGGGAGCAAGGUGGCCAAAAAGAGGAGAGCAGUGACGGUGGACACCUCCAAGGCGAAGACAUCGCUGGAAGCGCUGAAGAUGAGCAUCAGGCUGCUAAAGUGGAAAGAGUUUCCGAUGGGUAGGCGGACAGCCUGCGAUAUCUACUGGCAUGGCGUCUCUUUUCAUGACAACGAGAACAUUGUCUCUGGGCAAGUCAACAAAUUCCCAGGAAUGAUAGAGAUGCUGAGGAAGAUAAAUCUGAGUCGAGCUGUGCGCACCAUGCAGGAGAUUUACCCGGAGGAGUAUAAUUUCUACCCACGAUCCUGGAUUCUGCCUGAGGAAUACCAGCUCUUCUGUACACAGAUUCGUCUCCUGAAAGAUAACGACUCCACUCUCAAACCUACCUUCAUUGUCAAACCAGACAGUGGAUCCCAAGGUGACGGCAUCUACCUCAUCCGUGACCCUGCUGACCUCCGGGUGAUCUCAGGUUCUCAGAUCAAGCAAUCGGUCGUUCAAGAAUAUAUCCAGAAGCCCCUGCUCAUCGAUAAACUCAAGUUUGACAUCCGCCUGUAUGUUCUGGUCCGCUCGCUGGACCCUUUGGAGAUCUACAUCGCUAAAGAAGGCCUGUCCCGGUUCUGCACCGAACCCUACCAGGAGCCCAGCCAGAAGAACCUCAGUCAUGUUUUUAUGCACCUUACCAACUACUCGCUGAAUGUGCACAGCGGUAACUUUGUCCACUCUGACAGCUGCAGCACGGGCAGUAAACGCACCUUCUCUAGUGUCCUCUACCGCCUGGCGUCUAAAGGAGUGGACAUCAAGAAGGUCUGGUCAGACAUCAUUGCUCUGGUUAUCAAGACUGUAAUUGCACUUGUGCCUGAACUGAAGGUCUAUUACCAGGCUGACAUACCACCUGGAAAACCAGGACCCACAUGUUUUCAGAUCCUGGGCUUUGAUAUCCUGCUGAUGAAGAACUUGAAGCCUGUUUUAUUAGAAGUCAAUGCCAAUCCCAGCAUGAGGAUUGAACACGAGCAGGAGGUCUCACCUGGUGUGUAUGAAUACAUCCCCAGUCCAGUAGAUGAGGAGGUGAAGGUGGGAGUGAUCAGAGACACACUGCGCCUCAUGGAUCCUGCUCAGAGGAAACACAUUACGUCAAAUGCCGGGGGUGUUUCCCCAGAAGACGCUAUUGUUGUGGAAACAGCAAGUGAUGAGAAAGAAGGCUCGGCGGAUUCACUUCCAUCUUUGUGUUUAAAGCAAGUCUUCCCCAAAUACACCAAGCAGUUUAAUUACUUGAGGGUCGUGGAUCGCAUCGCUACCAUAUUCCUGCGCUUCCUUGGUGUCAAAGGGACCAUGAAACUCGGUCCAACUGGGUUCCGCACCUUUAUCAGGAACUGCAAGCUGAGCAACAGCAGUUUCUCAAUGGCGUCAGUGGACAUCCUGUACAUCGACAUCACGCGCCGCUGGGCUGGAAUGAUCCCCGACUCCAGAGAGGCAGGAAUGUGUCUUCAGGCAUUUAUUGAGGCCUUCUUCUACCUGGCGGCGCGCAGGUUCAAGGCUUCACCCUUGCGGGAGCAGGUGCUUUUGCUGCUGGAGGUGUGUGAAGGGGCCCUCGAGGGCCAGAGUCCCACUGACAAGCCACGGCCACAGCGAUCACACACAAACCCCGGCCCUAUGCAACCGUCAGCGCCAAACACGUUCAGUUCUCCUGCACUAAUGCGCCGCCGGCACCAGCCACUGCAGAUUUCUGCUAAAGCCAACACAGACAACUGACAAUCACACACAGAUACAGUCUUCUGAGGAACUUUCAGAAGGCAGCGUGAUGUGCUUUUGAAAAUAAAAAACCAAACUUAAAAACAAGGUAGAAAGAUCAAGCAAAUUUCAUCAAAUAUAAAAGCCUGGAUAGAAGCGGACUUUAAAGGGAACCCUGGGUAUUAAAGUGGUAGUUUCAAACAACCGAGGCUCAUUAUGAAAACAUACCGCUAUAUCCAUUUCUGGAGAGCGCCAAAUAUGUCCCAGGAGAUACGUUUUUUGCAGCUUUUGUUUUCGCAAAUCCAGCAGAGGUCACUGUGUAUGCUUUUUGAGAUCUCAAAUUUCUCUCUUGAGUGCCAUUUGUGCCUGCUCUUCUCGCGUAAACCCACCAGAGGCCUCUGUCGACUGACUGACUGACCGAUCGGCUGACCCACCCUCCUCCUGCCCUAAACGCAACCAAGUGUUUUCAAAAGCACUGAUUGACCCGCCCACCCACUUCCCUAAACCCAACAUAGUUUUAGAAAGCAAUCCAGAAAAAGAAAACCACUCAUCUGAUUUUUACCACGUUUUACCACAUUCUCACCAUGUCAUUUACUUCUUUAUUUUAUUUUUUGGCUUCUUUUUUUGUCUUACCCACUUUCUGGAACCGUUCUUCGCUGGACUCAAACCCCCCUGUCAUGGUCAAGUCCUCUCUGUUUGUCAAGUCUGCCGACAUACAUGGCAAGCUACUGGACAAAAGCGGGAAAGCCGUCCACAUGGAGGUAUUCGGUCCGCUGUUAAGCGUGAAAAGGAACAGCGUCAUACCGCCCCGUAUCGUUCGUUUUAAAGACCAAAUGCAGCUUAAGGUACUUUUGGCUACAUAAUUCGUGAUCUCCAGAAAUGUAUAUAAGGCUAUGUUUUCAGAAUGAGCCUAUGUUGGUUUAAAAAGUGAACAUUUCCUGUUAAUCUUAAGGUCAUUCAACAUACUGUUGAAGUCAGAAUUAUUAGCCCCCUUUUGAGUUUUUGUUUUCUUUUUGUUUAAUAGGGGCAAGGACAUUUUCACAGUAUGUCUGAUAAUAUUUUUUCUUCUGGAGAAAGUCUUAUUUGUUUUAUUUCGGCUAGAAUAAAAGCAGUUUUUCAUUUUUUAAAAAACAUUUUAGGGUCAAAAUUAUUAGCCCCUAUAUUAAGCUAUAUAUUUUUUUGUCUACUGAACACACCAUCAUUAUACAAUAACCUGCCUAAUUACUAGGCCCACACGGAAUCUGUGCGCACAGAAUUCCACAGAUUUCGGAGACCCCGAAGAGACGUGAUGGUGGAGAAAAAAAAUGAGUGGAAGAAAAAAAAACUGAGUGGGAGAAAAAAAUCUGUGGGAGGAAAAAAAGCAGUGAUAGGAAAUUAUAUAUUUUUAAGUUUUUGCGUUCCCUCGCAAAGAUGUUUUGCGUUGUCUUGCAAAACUGUUUUUCCACCAACACUCCUGUUCCUGUUCCCUUCAUACAUCUCAACCCUCCCGUUUUUGCCGGGAUUCUCCUGUAUUUUACCAUUCUCUAUCAUCCUACCAUUAAGUAUUUUCCCAUAUUUCUCAUGUGUCUCGUGACAUGUAUGAAGUGAAGUGUUUGCGGAAAAACUGUUCUGCGAGGGAACACAAAACAUCAUAGCGAGGGAAUGCAAAAACUUAAAAAAAUAUAUAUUUUCCUAUCACUGUUUUUUUUUCUCCCACUGGGUUUUUUUUCUUCCACCUAUUUUUUUCCCCCACCAUCACGUCUCUUCUGGGUCUCCGUAGAUUUCCGCAGAUUGAUUCUGUUUAUUUACUUGUGUAAAUUUAUAAUGAAUCAGAUUUUAAAUUAAUUUCAGUAAUAUUAUUGACUAAAAUAUUCAUAUGAUUUAUUUGCAAUACAGCUUGUAAAGUAAUAUUUUUUGUUUUUUAGUGGAUAUGUUACAUAAGAAACUUGCUUUGUUUACCAAAUAAAGUUGAUCUAAUUUGAUUUGCAUUGUAAACAUUAAACAAAAGUUAAAAAUUUAUUAUUUUUUUAUUUCAUAUAUUAGGUUUUUAGUUAUGAUACUCCCAAAAUCAUUCCACAUAAAUUAACAAAAUUCUGUGCAGAAAUAGUAAAAAAUGUCUGGCCCUACUAAUCACCCUAACCUGUCUAGUUAACCUAAUUAACCUAGUUAAGCCUUUAAUUGUCACUUUAAGCUGUAUAGAAGUGUCUUGAUAAAUAUCUAGUCAAAUAUUAUUUACUGUCAUCAUGGCAAAGAUAAAAUGAAUCAGUUAUUAGAAAUGAGUUAUUAAAACUAUUAUGUUUAGAAAUGUGUUGAAAAUAUCUCUUCGUUAAACUGAAAUUGGGGAAAAAAUAAACAGGGGGGCUAAUAAUUCUGACUUCAACUGUAUAUGUGACUUUUUUGUUCUGUAGCACACAUUAAAGAAGAAUUUAAAUCUGUGGUCGUGGUGAUUCUUAUAAUUGCAGUCAAUGAUAACACUUUUUUUAAAACCUUUACAAACAAUUUCAAAUCAAUAGCCAUCGCUCCUGGCAACAUACUGAUGUCUUGUGAAGAGAACUAACUGGCCUGUGUAAGAAUCUUAACAUUAUUUUCAAUAUUAUUAGCUUUAAUCCACAGCAUGGCCAGUUCUUGGUGCAUGUGCGUGCCUUGUGCGAGUGUGUCCUUUUAUUUGUUGACAAAUGCAUUAACAUGUCACCAGGAGCCAUGACUGUUAUAUUGGUCUAUUUUUUAUAUUAACAAAACAAAAAACAAUAAAUUGACUGCCAUUAUAAUAAAGAGGUUAUACGAUUCAAUUAAAAAUCUUCUUUAAUGUUCUAAGCAACAACAAAAAAAAAAAAAACAUUAUAUACAUCUUGGGUAACCUGAGGGUGAAUUAACAGAGUUUUCAGUGUUGGGUAAACUAUCUCUUUAAGACCUGUAUUUGAUUAAUAGAUCAUAAACACUAUCUGUUAUUGAAGAAAAACCUUAAAAGAUUCAUCAUAUUUAUAAAAAAAGUUAAAUAAUAAUACAAUUAUUUUGCCAUUAUUUCAGGUGAGCAGUGUUGGACCUCUAAUGGUUGCACAUUGUGGAACUAUAGCUGAUAUUUUUCAGCAACAUAACAUGGGAUACAAAAUACUGAGACAAAUUCAAAUUGUUUAAGUAAUUUUCAGGCAAAAGGCAACAAGAGAGAUGAUGUGCAUCUUCAAUGCUUUCCUAAUGAUAAGAGGUGCAAAAGAUAAAAAGAUUCCUGUGGAUUAAUAAAACUUCCUAAAGAGCCAUGUCUAGUGUCUCCACAUGAGCUCUGGUGCCUUUUUGAGGUUUUUCAGGAACCACAUACAGUGAAAGCGUUUACAGGUGGCAAUAGAUAGAAGUGAAGGCUUAAACCAAAUGUCAUACUAUCAAAUUUUUUAUGUGUCUAAAUGCCAAGGAUAUUGAGUGAAAAAUGCCAAGGACAAGAAAUUUUACAUGCUGAACAAACUUCAAGCUUGUUCAUGUAUUUCAUGGUGUUCAGUGAGUGUACAGUGUUUUCAAGGUAUGACUGAUGCCGCUACACAGACAGAUGAUUAGUGUCUAGUGUUUCUUGUCUUGGCAUUUCUCAGUGCAGAUUUCACUCAAUAUACAGGGGUGUUAAGAAUCCUAGUGUGGACAAAUCGAUUGUUGUGAAAAAGACUUACAUUGGUUCUGUUGUUGUCUUUCACUUGAAGAUUACAAACAAAAGCCGUACAAUGUGCCACUGUAUCAGUAUUUUGAAUUUCAUAUUCGUAUUAAAAAAGAUGAAAACACAAGUGUAACUGGUAACACUGUAAAUGAACCGCACGCUAUGAAUCAUUUAUCAAGCAUUAGCAAAUAGUUAGUACAUCAUUGAUUAAGCAUAAACUCUACAUUAAUAGACAUUAGUAAGCAGCCUAUAAAUACAGCUACAAAUAAUGAUGAGAAACACAAUUUUACGAUUAUUCAUGAUUAAUUUUUCAUUAAUAAAGUAUUGCAUUAUUUACAAUCCAGCUGUUGAAGAGUGGUGAUCAUUCAGAAUGAGAUUGUAAAUGAUUAAUAAAGUAUUCAAAUAAACAUUUAUACAUGUUUCAGGCUGUUUACACUGUACAGAUUGUAUUUUGAAAUAAGAUUGCAAAGGUUUAUUUUUCAUUUAAAACAGUUGUACAGUAUAAUUUUUGUAUCUUAAAAUGAUAAUUCUUUUGUUGUGAAUCGCUCUCACAAUCCAUACAUCCCAAUCAUUCAUUUGUAUAAAUAGUCAUCAUUUUAGAUGAGCUCGCAAAACGGCAUGAAGUUGUGUUGAUAAACGCAAGUGUAACUACAGUAUUACUACUGUAUAUGCCUGACAAAGAUGUAUAAAUGUUCACUUUAAUAGUUUAUCACCUACUUUCUCAUUCUGAAGGAUAUUAAAAACAACCAACUACUCUUAAAUAACUGGUUUGCAAAUAAUGCAACCCUAAUGCCUCACUCACACUAGCAGCGACUUUAUAGCUGCCUGUCGCUCUGAGUGGCGACCUGCUGCAAACGCAGGUCUGUGUAGGUCUACAGCGCUGAGAAUACAGCCGGCCUCUGCAGGAGCUGAGAAAGGGUCACAUGAGCUCUACUCUAUUGGCUGACACUUAAGAAAGUCACUCUUCAUUUGCAUGAAGUUAAAAGAUUCUCAACUUUGUCGCUUCGCUCGACUCGCCCACCUGGUCGCCAACAAACGCUGUCGCUCGCGUAGAUGGAGGUGUACGUUGAAACUCUGUUGAAAUGAACGGUCACUCGUAGUGUGUAUGAGGCUUUAUUUUAGUAAUGAAAAACUAAUCUUUAACAAAGUAUGAAAAUACAAUCAUUAAACAAAAGAACUCUGUUCCUGUAAGUCAAGAAUACAGCAUUUGUAGCUGAAUUUAUAAACUGCUUAUUAAUGUUAAAGCUUAACAUAAGUUGAAUGAACUAUUUGCUAAUGCUUAAUAAAUGAUUCCUAGUGUCCAGUUAUUAUGUAAAGUUACAGUGGAACCAUUAGAUGUCCAGCACUAAGCUCUUAAAAAUAAUGGCUGCUCCUAUUAUCCACUGAUAUGUUUUUUUAAAUAAAAUAAAUCUGCUAAAUGUUUCAGUAAUAGAUAUUAUUUACAUAAUAUUCAGCCAUACAAGUCUUAAUACCCAGGGUACUUCAAUCACUCUCUGUGCAAUAGCUCAAGUGGAAUAGUUUAUAUACAGCCAGCCUGAUCUUACGAGGAAACGUAACUGUUUUACAGUCGUAUGAAAAUGUACGAUUUUUAAAAGGAGACGUGGCACCCAACCCAACCUUUAUUGGGGUAUAAGCAAAUCAUUCUAACUUGUAUAAAUGAGAUCAUACGAAUUAGCCACUUAAUAAAAAGUUAUGAAUUGCUGUGAGAUUGUGUUGAUACAGCUCAGAUGGAGAUAUUUCUCCACCACACACAAACAUGUACUGUAACAGAUGAUAUAUAUGUAUGUGUUUGAUGCCAGUAAACUGACACUCUUUGCACUUCUUUCAGUGCUAAAUGCGCAGAAGAGCAUGUGACUUGAUUUGCGUUGCUCACAUAUGGUUACCUUCAGGUAAUGUGGGAAGUAUUUUGUGCGAACCAAUCAUUGCAGAGGCUGUGACAGUAUCACAGUGGGUUUGGUGUUUCGUAAAGGGAUGGAUAUUGUCAUAACACCACUUCUCUUCAGAAAAGCAGCUAAUAAUCUCAAAUGGCCACCUUUAACUAGGCAGAACAACACCUGGUGGCCUUCUGAUGAAAUGGUGUUCACACCAGGACAUGGCACCAAGUGCACUCAAAGUUUACUAAGUUAUGUUUAUAAUUUAUAUCUGUCGAGAUUUAUUAUUAUUUAUUGUUUUUUGUUCACUUAACCAAGUCUGUCACUGUCGCUUUAUUGAACUGACUGAACUGCUCCUGCAUGUAGAAAAGGGGGAAAGAAGGGUUUGCUGUGGUUUAAUGCAAGCGGACGUUCUUGCAGGAUUAGCAAAUAUUUACACGGAUCAUUUAACUCGCAUUUAAUAUCACAUCGCAGCUGCACAUGUACACAUUAGGCUUGGACUGAGAUGUCAUUUUUAUGGUCAUGUUGAAUAAACACUGCAUUGAAAA